UUCUAAGCCAUUAUUGGACCCACACCACACCAUCAGUCAUCACCAUACCAUCCCUUCCCUUGGAAGUUCCAGAACUUUCCAUUGGGAGUUUGGGACCACCAUACACAGUCGCACUUGCUAACCAAAGAAAGUUCUUAAAUUAGAAUUCUAGAACUUUCGAAAUUUAUUUAAACCCUUUCACUACCAUUUCUUUAAUCUUCGUGGCCUCAUAAAGUGUUUGUGUAUAAAUUUCUUGUGAAGAGAAAAUAUCUUCGCCCCUUCAUUCUCUGUUCUCUCUGAGCUUCUUCUUGAGGUAUGGUUGCAGGAUCACCACAUCUUCUCUUCGAGUAAAGGGAAGCUGCAUUCGAAGUCACAGUUUCCAAUCAAAAUCUUUUUGGGUUUCUCAACUAAUUAUCCCUUGACACUACAGUUGAUUGAUUUUGAUUCAGACGUCUAAUUCUCUGUUCUUCUCUGGGUUUGGCAUAGUUUUUGAAUUCAGAAUUUCACUCGGGAUCAAAAAUUUUCUGGGUUUCUUAUGUACUGUCCCGUGACUAUAUUACAAUUGAAUCAGGAUUUCCUGUUCAAUUUUCAAGCAAUGGAACAAGUUAAUCAAGUGAAGGAAGAAUACCCAGGAUCAAGCUCCUCCCAAUCCGGCGAUUAUUCGGUGACGGUGCCUCUGCCUCUGCCUCAGCCAAUGGAGGGCUUACAUGACACGGGCCCACCGCCAUUUCUGACAAAAACUUAUGACAUGGUCGAUGACCCUAGUCUCGAUCACACAGUCUCUUGGAGCAGAGAAGGUAGCAGUUUUGUUGUGUGGGAUCCUCACUCCUUCUCUACUCAUCUUCUUCCCAGAUUCUUUAAGCAUAAUAACUUCUCAAGCUUUGUAAGGCAACUCAACACAUAUGGAUUUAGAAAGAUUGAUCCUGAUAAAUGGGAAUUUGCCAAUGAAGGGUUUUUGAGAGGCCAAAGGCAUCUUCUGAGGAAUCUAAGGAGAAGAAAAACAUCUUCUAAUAAUCCACUCUCUCCACAGCAACUUCUGGGUCCUUGUCUUGAGGUUGGGGGUUUUGGAAUCGAUGGAGAAGUGGAUCGAUUGAAGCGAGACAAACGGGUUUUAUUGAUGGAACUAGUGAAGCUCAGGCAGCAACAGCAGAGUACAAGGGCAUAUGUUCGAGCCAUGGAGGACAGACUACAAAAGACAGAAGCGAAACAGCGACAAAUGAUGACUUUCUUGGCAAGAGCAAUGCAGAAUCCAGGUUUUAUUCAUCAAUUAGUCCAAAACAAAGAGAAACAUAAAGAGCUUGAAGAAGCUAUGACUAAGAAGAGAAGAAGGCCAAUUGAUCAAGGACCCAGUCAUCAAAGGACAAACCCCAUCAAGCCCGAGCCUGUAGAGUUUGGAGAUUAUGGUUUUGAGGUGUCUGAAUUGGAAGCACUUGCAUUGGAAAUGCAAGGAUAUGGAAGGGCAAGAAAGGAUCAGGAGGAAGAAUAUGAAGAAGAGUUGGAGCCACUGGAGACUAGUGGAGAUUAUAGGGAACUUGAUCAAGGGUUUUGGGAGGAAUUAUUGAGUGGAGAAUUGGAUAAUAUUCCGGGACCUGAGGAAGGUGAAGAUGAAGAUGAUAUCAAUGUCUUGUCUGCUCGAUUAGGCGAUCUGGGUUCGAGUCCAAGAUAGAUGAAUCAGGAUCUUCAUUCAAUGGAGAAUUGGACAUCCAAAGGAAGGCAAAGAUGAAGAAGAUCAAUGGCGGUUAACACAAUUAGGCCAUUGAUAGGGAAAUGAUAUGUGUUUUGGUGUUUCUAACCCUGUACUUCAAUUUCCAUGUUCAGUAUUAUCCCACUGUGUAACAUCUCUCGUUGUUUUUUUCUCAUCUGUUUUAGGUUGCAGAACUACUACUUGGACAAGAUCUUUUGGUACUAUAUUCUCCACUAAUUUUAUUUUCCCCCUACAUUGCAUGAGAUCCACCAUUCUUUGUGUGAAUUUUGAACGAAUGUAGAUUGUUCAGAUCAUGUUCGAAUUGGAUCCUAAAGCUACAUGGUCGUGAUCAAUCAUUAUAUGGAUCCUAAAGCUUACAACCAUUGAAGGGGGGUAAUGUAGCUUACUGUAUAAACCACAAAAAGCUAUUCACUGUACUGAUUAUGAUUAUGUUGAUGUUCUUCAGCUAGAGACAGUAGCAGAAAAGGGAUGGUAAUGUAUCUUCCUUGUCCAUUUAUGCUCCUGCUCAACGAAAUUAUGUUAUGUGCAAUUGCAAUUUGGCUUGUUUGUGUGAAUCAAAGUGCAGGCUGCAGCUUGCAGAUAUUGCAUUUGGUACUUCUUCUAGCGCUUUUUUUUUUCUCAAUAGAUGUAUGGGGGAUUGGUUCUUCCAUAUGAACUUUUCUUUAUUUUUCUCUUUCAGGAAAUUGUAUUCAGUCUGCAAUGAUGUAAUAUUAUAUUUAGAAUACAUAAGAUAUAUAAUAUUGAAUAU